CUCGUCAAGACACCCGCAGAGUCACCACAUUGAACGCUCUCACCACGACAUCUUCUCCACCAAUUCUCCCGGCACCUCCGACUCACGACAUGGCUGCUGAAAAGGACUGGGCCACGCACGCCCUGAUAGACCCGCUCAUCGAACCCGAUCCGAGUGACGAAACUGGGCUCAACUCUCACUUCGGCUCGACCUUUGCGCCGCGGAAGAGCUCUCCGUCUCCGCCGGCAUCCGCGUCAUUGAAAGAGAGCCCCAAAGUCCAAAUCCGCUCGCAAGACACCGGCAGCUCUUCCAACUCCAACAAUCCUUUCCGCCGCAGCAUGAACUCCCCGACGCCCAGAUCUCCUGCUCUCAACCACUCCCGAGGAGCCAGCCUGAACAGUCACAACGGCUACCCGUCUCCGCCGCAAUCCGCAAGCCCGCGCCGGGAGCGAUUUCCUCGCUACGAAAACAAGCAGCCCUCGCACCGCGAGCAGGCAUUCGGCGCGUAUUCGGCCGGUCGACCUCGCGGAAGCAGUCAGCCAGACCCCUUCUCUUCAUCCAACCAGUUCGAAGGCAAAGGCAGCGGCAUUGCCCGCAACAACUCCCUCCGUGAGCGCUAUCCUGGUGACCACUCGACUCGUCCUUUGGACCUCAUCCGCAAGGACGAGAAGCGAGCCCAUCGCUCGCCCCAUCUGCGCAAGAAGCAUCACCCAGGUGCUGAUUCGAUCGAUCGUCUUGAUAUGACCACCUCUGCGUACCACCAUGAAGGACCAUACGACGCUGCGCUGCUUGCGCGGAACACGAGCUUCAAGAGCAGCCCUGUUGCUGCUAUCUCUCAUACAAAUGAGGAGGCCUUGAAAGCGACACCCCGCGAAAAUAUCAUUGACGCCAUCUCCCGGCAUCGUCCGUUAGAGGGAGUGGCAGACUUGCCUCCUGGAGUGCCGGAUAGAUUCGGACGGGUCCUCAACUAUGAAGAGGGCGCUGAUUUGCAGCGAGAGCCGGGUGGGGACUACAGGCGAUGGCCUGGUGUGACCUACCUCGACGGUGACCUCAAAGGCAAAGGCGAGCCCUCUUACUCAAUCGAGAAGGCAUUGAACGACCACAAGACCCUCGGCGACGACGGCAUUGAGAUGAAGACACGCUCCCGCAACAAGUCUCUUAGCCACGCCGACGAUCCCGCCGUGGCAAGUGGAAGUACUGCCGGCGUCAGCACCGGCAAUGGUGACCAGAGCUAUGCCGACUGGGAAGGUGAUUUGAGACGCAGCAACACGACAGGCCGCAAGCUCUCUGGUAACUUGAAGAAGAGGUUUGGAAGCCUGAGGAAGCGUAGAGAUGCAUCUUAAAUCUCCAUCAAGAGCCACUACAUAUGGGUCUUGAAGCAGUACCUUUAUAUUCCCAACAGGACGUCGAUCGAGAAACAGCUUUCUCUCCUUUGUGCGAUUACGGCCGGUUACGGCCUCAAAUAUGGAAACCGUACAAUCCCGGUUUCAGAGAAGCGACGUACAUACUUAAGCCUUACUUUAGAAAUGGCUCUGGUUGAAAGAAACCAGUUUUACCUGUGACUUUUUCUACUUAUAUACGAUUUAGACCUUGAAUACCAAGAAAUCAUAAGAAGCGUA